AUGUCAGCCGAAGCCUCGAGUACAACUUCGGAUACUAUCGCAAUAGUGCAAACCUUUACAAGUCAAUCAGCGGUAGUGGCCGAUGUAAUAUCACCAUUUUUACCAUUGGUGGCCGAAAUAGUAAACAUGGUUAACGAAAUCGUUCAAAUCUAUCAAACAGCCGAACAUAAUAAGCGAAUCUGUGGUUCAUUGAUGUCGCGUGCCACCGCUGCCGAGAACUCCGUAAAUCUUUUGACAAUAAGACGUUCGGAGAAUGAAGAUUUAUUCAGAUCCAAAGAAUUCUAUAUGAAUUUCCGGAAAUUGGUGACGGUCAUUGAGAAGAUUAAAAUGUUUAUUGAAGAGGUCUCGCAGAUUAAGGGACUGAGAAGAUUUUUGUCUGCGAGGUCGAUUGAAGAUGAAUUUCAAGAUCUGACGGAAGAAUUUGAUGGGAUGAUGAGAAUUUUGAACUUUACUAUGGCUGUAAAAAAUCAAAUUCAGGCGGAAGAAGACAAGGAGAUCCUUAAUAGCGAUAUUAGGGAGAUGAAGAAGUACCUCGAGAGGAUCGAAGGUGGCAUUGCUAACAGCAUGGCAGAGAUUAAUGCUUCGUUAGAUGAUAUCACUAAAUUAAAUAUCGCCUGGCAAAAGAAAUUAUUCAACGAUGAUAGGAAUGUGCUAGAAUCAGCAACCAUAAAGAUGAGCGAACUCCAAGAUCCACUUGAACAGAUAAAACGAGGAAGCAAAGUAUUUAAAAAGAUAAGGAUGGGUGAGGAUGUCGCAAUUAAAGAGAAAAUACUCACUAAUAAUAAUGAGAAUCUGGUAAACGAUAUAACCAGUCAAGUUGUAAUAUUAAAGAAGCUUAAGGAAUCACAAUGCAUCCUUCAAUUUUAUGGAGUCGCUAGGGAUGCUAACGCAAUCUAUAUGGUUUCUGAAUGGUGUGAAUAUGGAAACCUACGAGAAUUCUAUCGAGAAUAUGGCCCACUUGAGUGGCAUAUAAAAUCUCAACUGGCCGUGGAUAUUGCACGUGGAUUGACCUUUCUUCAUGCAGUGUCUAUAUUGCAUCAUGACAUCCGUCCGGAUAAUCAACCUCCGUUUCCAGAUGAAAGAGAUAUACUAGAAAUUCGAAAGAAAAUCUUGGAAUUAAAGAUUCGCCCAUCUUUCAGCGCGAAUGUCCCCCCAGAAUGGUCAAAAACUUCAUACCAAGCUAUGCAGGAUAGUCCAGAAGCACGCCCAGCACUUAAAGAUAUGUUUAUGUCAUUGUAUAGCUUCUAUCAAAAAUGCCAGCCCCAAUCUCCAAGGCUCAAUUCAUUAACUCGUAUGCCCACAGAAGAUGAUUUACCCGAAGUUGAUGACAAUCUGGCUUUGGAUGAUUUGUCAUUGAAUGUGAUGAGUUUGAAGGAAGCCAUUGCUGAGCAUAAGAAAAAGGGAGGAGAUAAAUUAAUGGCUUGGAGAGCUUUCAAAGUGCAUGCUGAAGAAUUCGGUGACAUUACCGCUAGAUAUUGGAUGGGCUAUUAUUUAUAUUAUGACUUAUGUCCGAUCGAUGACCCUGAAGACAAAGAGGCCAGGAAGAAAAGAUUAGAACAGGCGGCUGCGACGGUCGGUUUGAUCGCUCAUACAUCUUUACAAGCCCAUAAACCC